AUGCUUCCAAACUCACCCGAGCCCGUUUUCACCCCCUUCAAUUCAAUCCACCCACCUCCCCCAUCCACAUUCAAAAUGACUGCCGCCUGGAAGGCCGCUGGCCUCACUUACAACCGCUACCUGGCCAUUGCCGCCCGCACCGUGCGCCGCUCUCUGAAGGAGACUCCCCGCCUGAACUCCGAGCGCCGCGGCCAGAUGGACCUUCGUUUUGCCAAGUGGGAGAACGGCAAGCAGGGUGAGGGCAAGUCCCUCGCACAGGCCAACAACGAGGCUCUCGCCCAGGCCGAGAAAUAA